AAACCUCUCUCUGUCCUCAACACCAGACUUUGGAGGCCACCUCUCUUUCCAAGUCCAUCUAACGCACACAUACACACGUAGGAACGCACAGCAGACCAUCUCUUUCACCCUGGAGAACACAGUAGCUGGAGAACCUUUCUGCUUCACAAUGCGGUCCAGCUGCUCCCUGCUAUUCUGCCUACUGCUUGUGUCCCAUGGGUCCUCAGCAGUCAUCACAGGGGCCUGUGUGAAGGACUUGCAGUGUGGAGAGGGGAUGUGCUGUGCGGUCAGUCUGUGGAUCAGGAGCCUGAGGAUGUGUGCCCCUAUAGGACAGAAGGGAGACGAGUGCCACCCCAUGAGUCACAAGGUUCCCUUCAUUGGCACAAGACUACAUCACACAUGUCCAUGUGUGCCACAUUUGGCAUGCAUCACCACAUCAGAUGGCAAAUCAAAAUGUCUUUCACCGUACAACUACUCAGACUACUACCUCUGAGGACAACCACGGGAAGUGCUGAUAGUCAUUUUCUAGGUCUGCCUUCGUUUUUAAAAUACUGUUUCCAUUAUAUGUAUUAAAGAUAACAUAUAGACAUUUUCAGGUUGACUUAUAUUUGAAAAGAACAAUUUGCUCUCCCUUCUUAUAGCUGCAAUCCUUAAUUGAAACAUUAACAAAGUUGACACCCCGCCACAGUUUCAGUAAAAAGUUGAGGAAUGAGGCUGGAGAAUUGCAACCACUCUCAAAUCCAUAGACUACACUAUGGAUGCAAGGACUGACAAUCCAUGAUAUCAAAAUUGUAGUUUUACAUUUACCUUGUUUACAAACAUUGGAGUAAAACAAACUUAUAUUUGGGGUUUUGAUGGGUACUACAGUUGAGCUAAGCUCAUGAGGCAUUUAUACGUAUAUUCUUCAAGAAUCAAUGGGUACAUAUCAUUCAUUUAUAAGUCCAAAAUGGAUGUAGCAACUAAGGAUGACCCUUUUAAGAUUCUGGACUUCACAAUAAACAAAAUAUGCCCACUGUAAAUGCUGAUGGUAUCUAGUGCCAUUCCAAAUCAAACAAGAACAACGACUGGAUCUGUACAUAGGUCCACGAAAUAUACAGUUUCACUUGCACAGCUUUGCGACUUUACAAACGUGAACGUUAAUUAUCUGCAUAAUUAUGUUUAAACCGAUAUGGAAUAAAAAUCCUUUCAAGGUUUGUUCGUGAAAGACAAGACAGAACUCAUUUCAAAAAGAGCUACUCUGUUUACUAUUGUGAAUGGCCACUAACAGUGUGUGACGUCCAAAGGACAUUUUGUCGCUACCGUGUUGUUCUAUUGUACUGUAUGCGACUGGACCUUAUGUGCAUUAUGCUGUUGUUGUUGUUAUUGGUGGUGGUGGUGGGACCUGCCAUUCAAUCACUGGACUUGUUUUUGGGAAUAAAUGCAAUUCAAAUAAAUAGGAAAAGGGUCUAAUCAUG